GAGGGAUGCUUGUGCUGGACCGACCAGUCUGGAAAUCCCUGUUCACAGGCACGUAGCAUGUGCAUACACAGAUACACACUCACGCUGACUGCAGUCAGACUCCCUCAAGCUUCUAGCAUCUGUGCUUCAUCGUUCCUCUUCUCUCCUAUCUGUCCUCUGUCUUCUCUUUUCUUCUUCUCUUCCUCUUUGGCUGUGUAGCUCUUCAUCGCUGCAUCCUCUGACUCACCCAACUCCCUUCUUCUGAUACCACACAACCUGGGAACAUGUCCUCCAAUGUGCCCUCGGGGACCACGGCUGGGGGAGCUGGGGCCAAAAACAAGCCCCUCUCCCCCUAUAAGAAGAGAGGCAGUCUGCAGUACACAGCCAGCACAGUUGAUCUCCGUGGACCACGUCGCCUCCUCACUUCCCAGCAUUCCUUGCCUGGGAUCCCAGUGGCCUUGAAACAAUCCAUUGACCUGCGCACUUCCAUGGAUGGGAAAUACAAGGAGAUUGCCGAGGAGCUGUUCUCCCGCAGCCUGGCAGAGAGUGAGAUGCGAAGCGCCCCCUAUGAGUUUCCAGAGGACAGCCCCAUCGAACAGCUGGAGGAGAAACGCCAUCGCCUUGAGCGACAGAUCAGCCAGGAUGUCAAAUUUGAACCUGACAUCCUCCUACGAGCCAAACAAGAGUUCAUGAAAACUGACAGUGCCACUGAUCUUGAAUUCAUGAAGGAGCAGAGCCAGGCUCCUGAUCAACAAGAAAGAGAACCGGUUCCAGAGAGAGAGUACCAACGAGUCACUAUUUCUGGAGAAGAGAAAUGUGGGGUUCCAUUCACAGAUCUGUUGGAUGCUGCUAAGUGUGUAGUGAAGGCUCUGUUCAUCAGACAAAAGUACAUGGGCCUGUCACUGCAGAGCUUCUGUAGGACUACUGCUCGGUACCUGCAGGAGCUGAGCGAGAGACCUUUGGAUUUAGAUAUCUAUGAAGAGGAGAUCCCAGAAGCCACAGUUACUGCAAAUGCCACAGUGCACCCACCUGCUUCUAAAACACACCCAUACGAGAACCAGGACCCUGCCAGCAUGCCCCCUGAUGUGGGUUACGGUUGUAAGAUGGUGGAUGGCGUCAUGCAUGUGUACACAACGAGGAACAUUAUGGAAAAGAGCACAGAGCUGGACCUUCCAUAUCCAGACCUGCAGGAGUACAUCGCUGACAUGAACGUCAUGAUGGCCCUCAUCAUCAAUGGUCCAGUAAAGUCUUUCUGCUAUCGUCGUUUGCAAUAUCUCAGCUCCAAAUUCCAGAUGCACAUUUUGCUGAAUGAGAUGAAAGAGCUGGCAGCACAGAAAAAAGUCCCGCACCGAGAUUUUUAUAAUAUCCGUAAGGUUGACACACACAUUCACGCUUCAUCUUGCAUGAACCAGAAGCACCUCCUACGAUUUAUCAAAAGAGCCAUGAAGAAGUAUCCCAAAGAGAUUGUGCAUGUGGAAAGGGGCAAAGGUCAGACGCUCAUGGAGGUGUUUGAGAGUAUGAACCUGACUGCCUUCGACCUGAGUGUUGAUACUCUGGACAUGCAUGCAGACCGUAACACUUUCCAUCGGUUUGACAAGUUCAAUGCCAAAUACAAUCCCAUUGGUGAAUCAAUCCUGAGAGAAAUCUUCAUUAAAACAGACAACUACAUUGAGGGAAAAUACUUUGGUCACAUUAUUAAGGAGGUGAUGGCUGACUUGGAGGAGAGCAAAUACCAGAAUGUAGAGCUCAGGCUGUCAAUCUACGGACGCUCCAGAGAUGAAUGGGACAAGCUGGCCAAAUGGGCCGUCAAACAUCAGGUGUAUUCUGACAACGUGCGCUGGCUUGUUCAAGUGCCACGGCUCUUUGACGUCUACCACACGAAGAAACAGCUGUUUAACUUCCAGGAGAUGCUGGAGAAUAUCUUCAUGCCUCUGUUUGAGGUUACAGUCGACCCCAGCAGCCACCCAGAGCUGCACCUCUUCCUUCAGCACGUUGUUGGUUUUGACAGCGUGGAUGAUGAAUCAAAACCAGAGCAACAUAUCUUCAACCUGGAUAGUCCACUGCCAGUCAACUGGACAGAGGAGGACAACCCACCCUACUCAUACUACCUCUACUAUAUGUAUGCAAACAUGACUGUGCUGAAUCACCUGCGCAGGCAGCGGGGGUUUCACACACUCGUCCUACGUCCUCAUUGCGGAGAGGCUGGGCCGAUCCAUCACCUGGUAUCUGGUUUCAUGCUGUCAGAGAAUAUCUCCCAUGGGCUGCUGCUCAGAAAGGCUCCUGUGCUGCAGUACCUGUACUACUUGGCUCAGAUUGGCAUUGCCAUGUCACCUCUCAGCAAUAACAGCCUGUUCCUCAGCUACCAUCGUAACCCUCUGCCAGAGUACCUCUCCAGAGGACUCAUGGUCUCUCUGUCUACAGAUGACCCUCUGCAGUUUCACUUCACCAAGGAGCCCUUGAUGGAAGAAUACAGCAUCGCUGCACAAGUGUGGAAACUGAGCUCCUGUGACAUGUGUGAGCUGGCCAGAAACAGUGUGUUGAUGAGUGGAUUCUCUCACAAGGUGAAGAGCUACUGGCUUGGUCCAAACUAUAUUAAAGAAGGACAAGAGAGUAAUGACAUCAGGCGCACCAAUGUUCCUGACAUCCGCGUAGCGUACCGUUAUGAGACCAUGUGUGAGGAGUUGAAUUUAAUCACACAGGCCAUUCGCACAGACGAGCUGGAGACCAUUGAGGAGGAAGGAACUCUAAGUAUGGUAGCCGUGCAUGCAGAGAAGUGAACAUGCAGCUCAACACCAACAGAAUUCUCAACAUAUUCCCCGUUUUCGUGGCUGGAUGUUGUACAUAUCUGCACAUAAACAUAGCACACCUGUGAAAAGAGAAAAGCUUCAUUAUGAGAUUACUAUGAGAGCUGUUACUGAGAGGACCUCCAAUCUGUGUAUCCAUCUGAUUGCUUCCUGUAGUUUCCUAAAGUCAUCCUUUAUUUAAUUUAUCUCGAAGUUUCCUAAUGUCUCUUCACCAUUUGUUUAGAAAAUGUACAUGGUUUGUGACCAUAUCUACCCAGCAAUUCUUACAUUUUCUGUUAAUUCCUGUUCCAAACCUUGGCAAGUGU